AUGGAUAAAAAGAUAGUGCGCAAAGGGCCGCUGCCUGGGGGUCGCCGGGGCGCGUCUGGAGCUGGCGCUGGACGCGGCAGCAUGCGGGCCGCCAGCCGAGCGCGAGAAGCUGCACGGUCACCUAGCAGCCCUCCGCAUCCAUCAUCCCCACCAGAAGGCUUGGUGUCGGCUGGGUCUUCUCGGACUCAGCAAGCGGCACCCGCCGCUGGUGGAGCACGUCGCAUGCGUUGGUCACAAGCAAUGAAUGCAAACGCACUGCGGGCGUACUUAAGGGCAAAAGGGGAAGAAACUGGAUGUUUGGCGUAUCGGGCUAGGAUGCAUCGUCUUUUUGCUGAGCUGGAGCCAUCUUUAAUCGUCACAGAGCAAAUCCUGGCAGACCGAGUUCGGUAUAUCUUGCGCUCAAAUAUAUUUGAUGUCGCCGAACUCGAACGGCUACGACGUGAGGCUGUUCCCUCGUCGGAUGAGAAUGCUACGGCUGAGGAUGCGGCGCCACAAAUGGUAGAGCAACCCGCAAACGUGGAUGCCGCCGUGAAUACCCCAGUUUUGGUUGAUUCAAACGAUGAUGGAACAGUCGCCCAGGAACUGGAAUUAGAGCAUAUGAGGAGUACAUUGGAAGAGGCGAUUGUGGAAACGCGCAGUACGCCUCUCGAAAAUCGACUGCGACUUCCCCGCAUAGCCCUAAGCAAGCGGAAUCGGGCUGUCGUGAGGGCUCUGAACCCAAUGCUGGUGACCUAUUUGGAAGUCAGCCGGGACCUUUGCGAGACGGACUCAAUUCUUUUUGGCGCCGCGCUGGCAGUCUGCCGUAUCAUAGGCGCCAAGGUUUCCACGGCUGGACGCGCUACUGGCCAUAGUAGCGCUAUCCCAGCAUGGAGAAGAAGAAUUGAGGAACGUAUCGCAAAGGCUAAAAGCUCAUCGGCAGACUGA